AUGAAGGUUUUCAUCUUCUUAUCGCUCUUCGUCACCUGGGUACAGGCCCUGGCUACAUUCGGCGACAGCAAGAACGUCGCCCGCCAAGAAUCAUUGAGCACCAGUGAUCAGGAUGCGACACCCGCGUUUCUUCAAGUUGUACAACCUUAUUUCCCUCCCCGCAAGUCCCUAGAUGACCCGGCCUGUCGACAAACAAUUGUGCAGCAUGACUUUGGCAACAGCUACGGUAGCCCCUAUGUUGGCACGUACGCCCCACCUGCUGAUUGCGACUUUACGACUACCAUCUUGAACCUCACCGUCACGUCGCAGGGCCGCCAGUAUGACCGACUUGCUUUGCUAUACCUGGGCGACACUGAGAUCUGGCGCACCAGUACCGCCAUGCCCAUCCAAUCUGGCAUCCAGUGGACCUACCAAAAGGACAUCUCGGUGUUCCACACCUUGUUGACCCAAGAUCAAAAGGUCUUUCUCAGUCUAGACAACAUCCUAUCGGGUACCCUCUACACUGGCACUUAUGAAGUGACGAUAGAGGCACUCUACUUUAAUGAUGUCUACACUCCAAGUUUCGCACCUGCCGACGAGAUCCACCCAAUCUCCAAGUUGGCUUCUGGUCAGAACACGACAUCCGAGUUUUCGCUUCCCGGCGACAGCGGGAGUGUCAACCUGACGCUGGCACGCAACAUCAAGCAGGCCGUUGUUUCCAUCAUUGCCAGUGGCAACAGCGCCGAGGAAUUUUGGUUUGCCAAUGUACCCAGCGUGUACACCAACACCUUUCCUGGUCCUCUUGGGGAGCUUUCUGGCUACAGCCCUUUCCGCGAAGUACAGCUUCUGAUUGAUGGUCAAUUGGCGGGUGUGGAGUGGCCUUUUCCUAUCCUCUUUAGCGGAGGCGUUGACCCUGGUGCCUGGAGACCCAUUGUCGGCAUUGACACGUAUGACCUGCCAACCUUUGAGAUUGAUGUGACUCCUUGGCUCUCGCUCCUAUGCGACGGUGAACAGCACGAGUUUCAGCUGCGCGUCGUCGGUUUUGACAGCACCGCCGAAGAUAAGAUUGGCACGAUUGGGUCCAACUGGUACGUCUCCGGUUCCCUCUUUGUCUGGCUCGAUGAGAGCGUCAAUCAGACCCAGGCAGGUGAGAUUACUGCUUCUACCGGCGAACCCUUGUUCAAGUAUCUUCCCGAUCUUACACAAGCAACAUCGUCCAACGGCACCGUCACCAACACGUCUCUCUGGUUCUCUCUCGGUGUGGAGAGAACGCUUUCAAUUAGCUCGACAAUUGAGACGGCAGACGGAAACAAGACCGUCUCUUGGAAUCAACACUUGUCUUUCAAUAGCAUCCAAAAGUUGACCAAUGCGGCUCUCAACCAGUCGACAAGCAUGGUCACCCAGGGAACUUACUCUGGCUCGGCAUCUGCGGAAGUCUCAACUUUUCAAUACCCCCUCAAUCUAUAUAGCUCCUAUGACUUGGCGGACAGCAAUCCCGUUACUAGCCCCGGAUCCGUUUACUGCUUGGUCGACAGAAGCUUGAUAAGUGACGGUGUUGCACUCUUACCACUCAUGUCUGGCAUGAUUGCUGGACCAGAGAGUCUUGCUGUUCGUCAGAAUGUCACGAGCAUGUAUUAUUGGAACAACACGAUUGUGGAGGCCACGGGCGACAAUAACACUUGCAGCGGCGCUUCUUGGCUGUCGUUUGUCGGAAACUCGACUUCAGAUAAUGGCGUGGAUGCUUUUGGCCAACAGCUUCAAGAGCUGGACGAUGCUUGGGUGAACCAGCAACAGGCUUGGGGCACAAUUCCGGUUCCUACUACUGGACCGCUGCCGACCCCAAAUUAA